AAUUAGAAGGCAAAAUCAGAAUGAGAGAGAGAGAGAGAGUGGGAAAAGGCCUUCGCGAGAGAGAACUGAGAGAGGAUUCUCGUAUUCGCCAGUCGCACGUUGCCAUUUACGUUGAAUGGUUGUUUAGUUACACGUUUGCAUUUCUAGUUCAAAAGUUAACAACAAUUAUACUUUUCUACAGUGAUUAUAAUAGAAAUUAUUAUAUUUCAUUGUCAAUCAUCAUGAGAAAUAAUCUUCUUAUUUUUGCUAUUUUAUUUCUACUCGAUCGUCCGAUCGAUUGUCUCAAUUUUGAAUUACCGGUUCCAUGUAAAAGUGAUGUUGAUUGUUCACUCUUAUCGAAAGAUCAGAAAAAUUCGACAUGUCUGAACAAAUUUUGCGCUUGCGAAAAUGAGCAAGGAAAAAUGUUCAAUUGUUCCGGUUUACAAAUAGCUUCGCAGCAAGAAAAAGCAAUUGUACCGACCCUUUAUCACCCGUGCAAACACGACUUAGAUUGUCAAUUAAAUAACAGUUAUUGCAAUACUAGUCGAAGUCAGUGCGAAUGUAUCAAAGGUUUCGUAUUUUCGAUGGACAAACAACAAUGUCUACAAGCUGCCAGAUCAUUGAAUUUUCCUUGCAUCGAGGAUAAACAAUGUUUAGCUUUUCAACCUAACACAACCUGCCAAGGACUGGAAUGCGUUUGCAUUGACGGGUAUCAUGCAGUUAACAACGUUUGCUGGAAAAUAGCUGUUUUCGGUGGAUCAUGUUCAACAUCAGAGGAAUGUAAUCAUAUAAAGGGCGCCAUUUGUACGGACAAGAAAAUCUGUGGGUGUAAUGAGAACAAUGCAAUCGAUAAAACCGGAAAAAAUUGCGUUCCUUUUGUAAAUAAUAUCAACGAAUCUUGUAUGGAAAAUAUCACGUGUUCUACGAUACCAGAUUCUACCUGUAUAGAAAAUAAAUGUCAAUGUCCUAAUGAUAAACAUUUCGUGGCAGAAACUGGACAAUGUAUUCGUAGCAAAAGUAUCGGUGAACCUUGCAAACAUGAUUACGAAUGUUACCAGCUUGAAAAUAAUACCAAAAUGAUAAAUAAAAGGUUGGUAUGCGUUGGAAGCAUUUGCGAUUGCGCAGUAGAUUAUUUUAAAGAUGGAGACAAGUGCGUUAAUGCAGGCGUUCUAAUGAACAUUAAUGGUUCUCUAAUGGUGAUUAUGGUUGCCUUAUCAUCCUUCAUUUAUGGUUUCUAUCAUUAAUAGAAAUCUACUCGACGAAGAUUUAAUAGAUCUGCUAAGUCAACCCCUGUUUGGUGUACUUCAUGAAUUUUUCAUUUUUGUUAAGUACCUGUACACGAAAGAAGAACAUCAAAACAUCUCAAACAACAAAUCCUACGGUGUGAAAAAGUAGCAAAAGAUUUUUCAACGAUUUCAUUCAUUCUCAUUUUUCAAAAAUGUUACUUUACGAUCGAUAUUUAAAUCCUUGCGAUACCAAAGAACAAAGAAGACUUUUUUCAAUAUUCCAAUGGGGAAAAGAAUCUCUCGUUUUUUUUUUUUUAUUAUUCUUUCCCUUU